ACGGUCCAAUUCAUGGUGAGUUUCAGAGUUAGAAUUGAAGUCGUCGUCGUCAUCAUCAUCAUCGCGUGCAGUGCAACAUAGAUUGAUUGAUUGGGUCAAUUCUUCUUCUUCUUCUGCUUUGUUCAGCAGCGGGUUGUUGAUGAUCACCACCAUGUUCAGAAGGAAUUGGAAUUGUGCUACCUUGUAUUCCAGACUCGUCAAUUCCUCUUCUCCUCACAACUUUACUCAUCUCCGUUCCUCUUUCUCUUCUUCCAAUCUUCAUCUCUCUCCUUCUGUUGCCACCUCUAAAUCCACCGAUAUCCUCUCCUUCGUCCGUCACUAUGGAAACUGCUAUUCCGAACUCUCAAAAGCUCGUCUCAGCUUGCUUGUGGUUGCAACUUCUGGGACUGGAUUUGUGUUGGGGAGUGGUGGUGCUGUUGAUCUCUCUAUGCUUUCUUAUACUUGCUUCGGUACCAUGAUGGUUGCUGCAUCUGCUAGCACUUUAAAUCAGGUGUUUGAGAUAAAAAAUGAUGCCAUAAUGAGGAGAACAAGUCAAAGGCCACUACCCGCUGGACGCAUUACAAUACCUCAUGCAGUUGCCUGGGCAUCCUCUGUUGGUUUGGCUGGCACAGCCGUACUAGCGACGCAGACUAAUAUGUUAGCUGCUGGGCUUGCUGCUUCCAACCUGAUUCUGUAUUCUUUUGUAUAUACACCAUUGAAGCAAAUUCAUCCCGUAAAUACAUGGGUGGGGGCCGUAGUCGGUGCUAUUCCACCACUUUUGGGAUGGGCUGCAGCUUCUGGUGAUAUUUCACUAAAUAGUUUGAUUCUUCCGGCUGCUUUGUAUUUUUGGCAGAUACCACAUUUUAUGGCCCUUGCUUAUAUGUGUCGUGAUGACUAUGCUGCAGGAGGGUUUAAGAUGUACUCUCUUGCUGAUCCAUCUGGGCGGAAAACAGCAUUGGUGGCCAUGAGGAACUCCAUAUAUCUGAUCCCUUUGGGUUUCUUGGCAUAUGAUUGGGGCGUGACUUCUGGAUGGUUUUGUCUCGAGUCCACUGCACUUACACUUGCAAUAAGCGCCGCAGCGUUUUCAUUUUAUAGAGACCGUACUAAGGAAAGAGCUAGGAGAAUGUUUCAUGCCAGUCUUCUUUAUCUCCCUGUUUUUAUGGCCGGGCUUCUAGUUCACCGUCGCACAGAUAACCAACAGUUUUUAGAAGUCAAUGCAAAGGGUUUUGUGGAAUCCUCAUCCUCUGUAGAAACUCCAGAGAUAGACGAUAAAAAUGGUAACCAGAAGAUCAAGGGCAGACACAGGAACCGAGCACGUCCACCUGUAGCAUAUGCUUCCGUUGCACCUUUCCCCUUUUUGCCUGCUCCUUCAUAUGACGUUGUUUAAUAUUUAUCACAUGGGUAGAUCUUGCUUGACCACAUUUUCUUAACAUGUUUUGUUGGGUUGAUUUGAUAUAUUCAUUGUAAUUGUUUUCUCAAUGGCGUUUAAAGCCAUUAAAGAUUUUGCAUCGAGAAUGGAAGAAGUAUAUAAUGUGAAAUAAGGCAUAGUUACUCUCUAUUUUGCAUAAAUAAAUAUGCAAAUAGUUCUUUUUGUUA